UGCUGGUGAAAGGAAUAGACAUAGCUUUGAGGUUUGACAAUGACUAUUCGUUUGUUGUCAACAGAACAGACUUAUUCAAAAUAAAAUUUACAGAAUUCCUGAAUCAAGAGUAUGGAGUUGAGCUACAUAAUAUAAGGAAUGUUAUGGUAAUGCAAGGAAGCAUACAAGUUUAUUUCUACCUGAUAGAAGAGGACUCGGCUAACAUAUCAGUCACUGAUCUUGUCGUUUUCAUGAAAGAACAGGUUGAUGAUGGUAAUUUUAGGUUUGAAUUUGAAGGAACAAAAUUAGUAGCAUUCCGUGACUCUGUCACCCUGAACCGACAAUAUCAAGAUGAUGAAAUCACAUCAGCAAACGACAAUAAAUCAGCCACUAUUGCUGUUGUGGUCUGUGCACUUGUCGUCUUAACACUUAUUUUAAUCUUUCUUGCAGUGUUGGUGUACAAGAAGUACCAGUGUUCAUUAAAUGAAAAGCUGCAACAUCAAAGUAGCGAGAAAUCAACAUUGAAGAUGCCUUUGUAAGAAUCAUCAGUGUAGUCAUACCCAUAUAUAUAUAUAUAUAUAUAUAUAUAUAUAUAUAUUGAAUAUUUUCGUGUCUAUAAUUCAACACUUUAUAUAAUGACUUUAUGCAAUCAAUAUUAAAAAUCACUGGAGUAUUUUCGAUGGGUAAAAUAGCAACAUCAGUGACGCCAUUGAGUCGAUCACACUCCCUGAUCCUGAUAUCAUUGUAUUAUCGAUGACGUCGAUAAGUCAAUCACUCACACUUAGGUCCUCAGAUCAUCGUGUUCUCAAAUACUAUAUAAUAAUUUGACACAAUCACACGUGUAUAUUAUGAGGAAUUUCCAAGACUAAAGCCAUGGUUAGAUAGCGUCGCCAACGGUAGGCUGAUGCGACUCAAUGAAUAUGGACAACAGUCCACUCAAAACCAAAACCCAGUAGACGGUCGUCGCGGGAAGCACUCACUCAGAGAAAUAUUCGUCACCAAAGGUCAGCCGACCACUGGUAGAGCAGAGAAUAGGCAUGUAAUAUAACUGUUCCCUGUGUAGACGCAUACGUUUAUUUAUUAAUGAUAUUGUAUAUUUAGCAUGUAGGUGGAUCUGAAUAAAAACCCAGACAAUGUUUUGAAGUUUAGUAUUGAAUUGGUAAUCGUAUGUAUAUGCUGGACAUUUUAUGUAACAACAGUUUGAGCACAUAAGGGUUUAAUAGAAGGAUUUUUUUUAUAAUUAAAUUCUGCUCAUAAUAUUAA